AUGUCUGAGUUAAACAAGGUUUUUGCUAGACCUUUAUUCGAAGUUGAACGCGAAGCCGUUGAAGAGCACUUCGCCUCCGCCGGUAAGGUGGUUGAAGUCCAAUUGAUGCCAGGCUACGCCUUCGUCACUUUUGAGACUCCAGAUGAAGCUACUGCUGCUGUCGACACCUUGAACAAGACCGAGUUCAACGGCCAAGAAUUGCUCGUUGAAAUCGCCCGUGAAAGAAAGGAAGAUACCCGUGGUAAGUUCCGUGUCAAGGUCACCAACUUGCCAGACGGUACCGCAUGGCAAGAUUUCAAAGACUUUGUCAGAGACAAAACCAGCAUCACCCCUACCUUCGCCAAGGUCUUCAGAGACUACGAAAGUGGUGAAGUUAUCGGUGCUUUAGAAUUCGGUUCUGGUGAUGAAUUGGAAACCGCCAUCCCAUUGUUGGACAAGGCCGAUUUCCAAGGUACCGAAAUCGGUGCUGAAGAAGACACUUCUCCAUUCAUCCCACCUCCACCACGUAGAGGUGGUUUCAGAGGUGGCCGUGGUGGCUUCGAGCGUGGUGGUUUCAGAGGUGGCCGUGGUGGCUACGAACGUGGUGGUUUCAGAGGUGGCCGUGGUGGUUUCGAACGUGGCGGUUUCAGAGGUGGCCGUGGUGGCUUCGAACGUGGUGGUUUCAGAGGUGGCCGUGGCGGCUUCGAACGUGGUGGCUUCAGAGGUGACCGUGGUGGAUUCAGAGGUGGCCGUGGUGGUUACGACCGUGGUGACCGUGGUGGAUAUGAAGACGACAGAGACUCCUACACUCGUGAAAGAUCUCCAACCCGUUACUAA